AUGUCCUUGAGAUCGCCUCGCAGACAAUCACCUUCACGUUCACCAGACCAGGAUCAGGACCGAGCACAGUCGCGUUCUUUACCUCCAAAACCCCGAAGUGAAAGUCCAUCACGAAGCCUCACCCGAAGUCCGUCACAAGGACGUCGCGAUCGUUAUCGUUCAAAGACCCGAUCUCGAUCCCCGUCUCGUGGGAGAACCCGAUCUCGCAGUCUCAGUCGAGGUGGUCGCCGCUACAAUAGCCGGAGUGAAAGCCGCUCACUUACUCCCAACCCUAGUCCUCCGAGAAGUUCUAAGAUUGUGGUAGAAAAAUUGACAAAAAAUGUCACAGAAAAUCACAUCCGAGAGAUCUUCGGGGGCUUUGGAGAGAUAGAGUAUCUCGAUCUCCCAAUCAACAAAGCCUUCAUGACAAAUAGGGGGACUGCAUAUAUCCUUUACUACGACCCUGCUGACGCAGAGGCAGCCAUAGCCCACAUGCAUGAGGCUCAGCUUGACGGGGCCAUCCUGAAUGUCUCAAUCGUUCUCCCUCGCCAUCACGAUCUCCUGUUCGUUCUCGGUCAUACUCUCGAUCUCGAUCACCACCGCCGCGCAGGGGCAGCCUUCGCACAGACUCGCGGCAUCAUCGGCGCCGAAGCCCAAGCUACAGUAGCUAUGGUUACAGCAGUCGAAGUCGCAGUCCAAACCGGAACCGAGGCCACAAUCGAAAUUAAACAUCUUCCGAUUUGCGGUCUCUUGUCUUGUUGUGUUGUGUCUUGGCUCAGCCCUAACGGGGGAUUGCAUGUGAUCUUCGGUGCGGGCAACUGA